AUGUCUCUCCGCAUCACAGAAGAGAUUUCCGACUUAAUCAUGCAGAUUGCGGAAAUGAGCAAGAAUCUUCAGGAAGUGGAGAAGACCAGGAAGCAAGUGCAGCAAGAAAAGUCAGACCUCCAGGCUGCCCUAGAAGAGGUGGAGGGUUCCUUGAAGCAUGAAGAGGGCAAGAUUUUGCAUGUCCAGCUAGAGUUGAACCAGCUGAAAUCUGAGCUUGACCGCAAGAUCACUGAGAAGGAAGAAGAAAUCGAGCAGCUGAAAAGAAACAGCCAGCGGGCAGCAAAGGCCCUGCAGAGCGUGCUGGAUGCUGAGAUCCGGAGCCGGAAUGUUGCUCUGAGGCUGAAGAAGAAGAUGGAGAGAGACCUCAGUGAGAUGGAGAUUCAGCUGGGCCACUCCAACCGCCAGGUGGCAGAGACCCAGAAACACCUGUGCUCAGUCCAGAGCCAGCUCAAGGACUCCCAGCUGCAUCUGGAUGACGCCCUGAGGAGCAGCGCGGACCUCAAGGAGCAGCUGGCCCUCGUGGAGCGCAGGAAUGGCCUCUCGCUGGAGGAGCCGGAGGAGAGGAAGGUGGCCCUGGCGCGGACGGAGCGCACCCGCAAGCUGGCGGAGCACGAGCUGCUGGAGGCCAGCGACCGCGUGCAGCUCCUUCACCCCCACGUGCAGGAGUUAGAUAGCGGGCUAGAGGCUGAGCAGAAGGGGGGAGCCGAGGCCCCGAAGGGCGCGCACAGAUACGAACGGAAGGUGGAGGAAAUGACUUACCAGGCCGAGGAGGACCGCAGGAACAUACUCAGGCUCCAGGACCUGGUGGGCAAGCUGCAGGCCAAAGUGAAGGCUUCCAGGAAGCAGGCGGAGGAGGCCGAGGAGGGGGGCAGCACGCAGCCGUCCAGGUGCCGGAGGGCCCAGCACGAGCUGGAGGAGGCCAAGGACCCGGACAUCGCCGAGUCCCGGCUCAGCAAGCUGAGGGCCGAGAGCCGGGACAUGGGGGCCCAGACCACCCACAGCUCCCAGAACAUCUUUGGAGGUAGUAGGUGCUCCUGA